ACCUUUUUUCUUCCCUUUGUUCAAGGAUCCCCGCCAAAGGCAAGCAAGGCAUACUCGCUCGCUCGCUCGCUCGCUCGUGGCGCAACGAUGUCGGCGUCAACCUCGCGAGGCGCGGUACCCAGCCGGCAACCUACGCCGCUCGACGAGGAAGAACAGUCGUCGGCGGCGGUCAGGACAGGACGGCAGGCAUUGGUGCUGACGUUUGCCUCUGCGGGGCUGGGCAACUCGCUGAGUGCAAUCUGCACCAACCCAUUUGACAUCAUCAAGGUCCGCCAGCAGCUCGCCGUGGACCGGAGCCGCGCCAGCUUCUGGUCCGUCGCCGCGUCCAUGGCGCGCAACGAAGGCGUCCGGAGCUGGUGGAACGGCGUGACGGCGAGCUGCCUGCGCGAGGCGAGCUACAGUACGAUCCGAAUGGGCUCCUACGAGUCGUUCAAGGAACUCUACUCGCCCCUCGUUGAUGUUUCUUCUUUUACCAACAAGCUUCUCGCAGGCAUCACGUCCGGUGCCAUCGGAGCGGCCAUCGCCACGCCGACGGACCUGGUCAAGGUGCGCAUGCAGGCCGCGCGACCGCCGUCGGGCGAACCGCCGUUCCCGAACACAUUCGUCGGCUUCGCCCGUGUGUACCAGGAGGGCGCCGCGCGCUCCUCGUCGCCGCUCGCCGGCCUCCAGUCGCUCUACCGCGGCGUGGGGCCGACAGUGGUGCGUGCGGCAAUCCUCACCUCGACACAGAUCGGGUGCUACGAUGAGGCAAAGACGCUCAUGAAGGCGCGCCUCGGCCUGUCCGAGGGCGUCGCGCUCCACUUUGCCAGCAGCAUGGUCGCUGGCUUUGUGUGCAGCGCCGCGAGCCAGCCCGUCGAUGUGAUCAAGGUCCGGAUCAUGCAGGACAAGUCCCGCCAGAUCAACGGCGCCUUCCACAGCCUGGGUAUGCUCCUCCGCAACGAAGGGCCUCUGGCUUUGUACAAGGGCUUUGGCAUGUGCUGGGCUCGAUUGGGCACGCAUACAGUCAUCUCUCUCGUCUUGUUCGAGCGUUUCCGGGCUCUCUUUGGCAUCAAACCUUUGUAAUCAACAUCCUCCAAUGAGCUAAAAUAGGCAGCAGUCGCUUUCGCAGU